AUGAGGAACAUCGCAAAAUGGCGCUGCCAACUGACAGAGUACGACAUUGAGUACGUGUCCCGCACGUUAGUCAAAGGGCAAGCAAUCGCCAACCACCUAGCAGAAUUCCCGAUUAAUGACGACACACCGAUAAAUGCCGACUUCCCAGACGAAGGAAUCCUCCAAGUAAAUGACGAGAAGGAUGAGCCAACAUGGAAGAUGUACUUCGACGGGGCGGAGUACGAGGCAUGCAUUCUCGGUCUGCGAGCGGCAAUCGAAUUCAAGGUAAAGGAGUUGGAAGUAUUCGGUGACUCCAUGCUCACGAUCAUCCAGACACCGGGGCAAUGGAAAACAAAGGACGCAAAGUCAGUCCCAUACCAUGAGUAUCUCAAGGAGUUAGCAAAAAGCUUUGAGAAGAUCUCAUUCACCUACACUCCGCGUACGAAGAAUCAAUUCGCAGACGCGCUCGCGACACUCGCAUCCAUGGCAAGCAUCACAGAGGGGAACCUCAUCGAGCCCCUUGAGAUCAGGAUCGCCAAAGGUCCGGCCCAUUGCAACGCAAUCGAGGCAACCGACGCUAAGCUGUGGUAUGAGGACAUCAAGCACCUCUUGCAAACGGGUCAAUAUCCUCCAUUCGCCGAUCGCCGCGAUCGGAAGACGCUCAGACGACUCGCGGUGCACUACUUCCUAAGUGGCGGAACACUCAAUCGGCGAUCCUUCGACACUACAUUGCUCAGGUGCAUCGACAUACACGAGUCGCAGCGUCUCAUGGAAGAGGUGCAUGGGGGGAGUUGCGAGCCCCAUAUGAAUGGACUCAUGCUCGCCAAGAAGCUCAUGCGCUAA